AUGUACUUACAAUGGGUUGAGAUUGAAGGCUUCAAAAGUUAUGGCGAAAGAACUAAAGUAGGCCCCAUGGAUAAGCGAUUUACAGCCAUUACUGGCUUGAACGGCACCGGGAAAAGUAAUAUCUUAGAUGCCGUCUGUUUUGUCUUGGGAAUUGAUUGUCCCCGUUUAUUACGUAGCACAAGCAUGAAAGAACUUAUCUUUAAGAGUGCUAAAUCGAGUCGGGGCGAGGCCCGAGUUACUUUGGUUUUUAACAACCAAGAUAAAACUCAAACUCCCGUAGGUUACGAAAUGCUGGAUACAAUUGCACUUACCCGCGUAAUUAGUGAAGAUGGCAAGACCAAGUACCUCCUCAAUGAUCAUAACGCUACGACCAAGAGUGUCAUGCGGUUGUUGCAAUGUGUUGGUCUAUCUUCAGCUAAAACUGCCCAUAAAGACGAUGGCACCAGAAAGUACGAACGGCCUGAGCCACCCUACUUUAUUGUUAUGCAAGGCCGCGUCGGUCGUAUUCUGGGCAUGAAAAGUUCCCAGUUCCUCAGUCUCUUAGAAGAGUGUGCGGGCACAAGUGUCUACCGGGCCGAGAAGAGUAAGGCCUAUGCCGUUCUGGAAAGAAAGGAGAAGAAGCUCUUGGAAACGCAAGAAACACUAUCUAAGACUAUCUUCCCCUUUCUAGAAAGAUUGCGCAAAGAGCGUGCCGAGUACUACGAGUCCCGCGAAGCCCAGAAGAAAAUGGGUGCACUCAAACAGUCCCUUGAAGAGCACCGGCGCACUAUUGAGUUCUUGAAGUACCAACAAAGAGUAGCAGAAGCCGAUGCCCUGGAGAAGAGUCUGUUUAGUUUGGAGGAGCAGAUUAAUGAAUUAGUUCUGGGACUAGCUGCCGCCCAAGAUACAAUUGAAGAUACGGAUAUUGUUAAUCUCCAGGAACGAAUUGAUGCUAAACAACGCGAACUCAGUCGGCACAUGAUCGAAGUCUUGCGUGAAGAGAAGACUAAGUUAGAUAAAGAAGUAGCUAGUACCUUAGCCACUCAAGAAGACCUUUUCCACCAGUACUUACAAUUACCUCUCCUGGUGCCACCACCGGCCCAGGCCUCAACUGAAGAGUUACUUAGUAGUAUUGAAAACAAUCUAGAAGGUCUCACUGAGAAGGAAAGAAUGCUUCGGAAAGAGUUAGGCACGCGUCGACUGCCUACUAUUGAAAGAGAGCGUGAAAAGGAGAGUAUUGCCUUGGAAAUGGACGGUCUCUACCGCGACAAUCAAGCCAGCAUAGCUAAGAUCGAAACCUUUGAGCUGCGGCACCAACUAACUCCUAUUAAAGCUGAGGAGUACGUCCGAGCCCAUAAGGAUAUUGAUGCCAGCCAAGUUAGUCAGAUCAAAAGAACCUUACAAAGUCUUUAUGCUUCCCUGGGCUAUCCUAUCAUGGAAGGUCUACAUGGCAAGAUUGCUGAACUUAUUUCAGUGCCUCGGGCCGAACACGUUGUCCCAAUUGGUGUUGUGCUAGGCGGUCGAAAAGACUUCCUGGUUGUGGACAAUGAACAUUUGGGUAAGCAAGUUAUUGAUUUGGUUUCUAAGCAGGGCCGUCGGGCGGAUGUCAUUCCUUUGUCGCGGAUUGUGCCUAAGACCCUUUCCACCCAGAAAGAAGAUGCGGCCCGGAAGUAUGGAGCUAUCCCUUUAGUUGAAGCAAUUGAGUACUCGCCGGCUAUUAAGAAAGCAGUACAGUACCUUUUUGGUGGGUAUAUUUUGGUUCCCGAUCGCAAAACGGCUAUUCAAAUAAGGGAUCGUGAAAGUCUUACUUGUGUUACUUUAGAUGGCGAAUUGUUUGACCGACGUGGGACUAUUACUGGAGGCAGUCUGGACAAGUCUAAGUUUGCUUUCUCUCAAUCCAAGCAAGAGAGUAUCAGAAGUCUGGAAAGCCAAUUGCAAAAGGCUAAUGCGGCCUUAGAAGUAUGUUCAUUGGAUCUACUCAUGCGGGCCAAAGAGUAUCUUGGUUGUUUAGAGGAAAAGAAGAAUCGCGAUAAGAAAAUUCAAAAGAAUGCCGCUCGUCUCCAGGCUUUAGCUUCAGAAGAAGACCCAAAUGAAGUUGUGUUGGAGCAAACCACCACUCAGCUCCGUACGCUCACCCAGCUGGCCCGACAGGCCACUACUCUGCAAGCUAGCUUAACCACUAAACAAGCUGCUAUUCAGUCACUAACCCAGGAAUUGGCUAAACACCAAGAAGAAUCAGCUAUUCUCCAAGCAGAAAUAGAUGCACUUGAAGCUCAAAAGAUAGAUGGUAUCAAAAAGAACGAAGUAAACCGAGCCCGACGGUCUAUUCAAAUCCGAGAAGAGAAACGUAUUUCCCAAACUCUAACGUCCUUGCGCAAAGAGAAGACUCGAUUGGAAGUUCAGCUCAGCAAAUUACAGCAACAAGCACCCACUACCCCACCUCGUCCACAUAAGCCAUUGCUCGCUCUGGAAUUAUCUGCCCUAACUACAGCUACCACCGAGCUAGAAGUUGAGUAUUCGCAUUGUCUCAAAGUCCCGCGCAAAGAGAUCAACCCAAAGAACAUCGAAAUGCUAGAAAAGAACGAAGAAAUGGAAAAGACUCUCAAAGAUAAGAUUGUUAAACUUCAAAAGAACAAAGAAACUAUCAAAAAAUCAAUUGACCGACUCAAUCUACUCGAAAAAGAAAGAAUUGAAGAGAUAUUCCAUUCGGUCAACCAACGCCUCGGCAAGUAUGUUAAGUACUUCAUUGAAUCGGGCGAUGCCCGCUUAGAAGCCGUUGAUGGAUCGCCUAUGAAUGGAGUAGAGUUGUUUGUUAAGAUGGGAACCUGGAAGAAAGGUCUGACUGAACUCAGUGGAGGCCAAAAAUCCAUCUGUGCCCUCAGUCUAAUCUUCUCUCUUCUUAAGUCCAAACCUUCCCCUCUGUACAUUCUUGAUGAAAUUGAUGCAGCUCUAGAUGCAAGCCAUACGGAAGCUAUGGGCCGCAUGAUCCAAAGCGAGUUCCAGGGCUCGCAGUUUCUGGUUGUCUCUUUGAAAGAUGGCAUGUACCACAACGCCAAUGCCCUCUUCCAAACCUAUAUCAGAGAAGGAAGUUCCGGUGUCCACCAAGUGUAA